ACGCGUCACUUUUCUGGAUUCUUCUAGCUUUCCAAAUCUCGUUUUGUUUUGUAUAUAUAAAAGCCAAAUACAUACUUCUAGCCACCUCUUUCCUACCUUCCUCUUCAUGUCAUCCAAUUCUGCGAGUUCCCCCGCGACGAGAAGAAGGAGAGCCCAAAUAGCCUGUAGGAACUGCAGAAAGCGGAAGAUCAAGUGUGUGACCAACGAGGAACCUCCUCACAAUCCUUGCGAAAGAUGUCAGAGGAAAGGGCUGGCGUGCGAAUACGUCGCAGUCGGUGAGCCUAGCCCGCCGUCGACUCCCGCAUUAGAGCACGCUGAACACAACCGUCUUCCACCUAACAGUCAGGGAUAUACUUACGCCAGUCAUUCACACUUACCGGACUCUACAUACUCUAUGGAAUCUAGUCUGCAUAAUCAAAUGACUGCCAGAUAUCCGACUUACCCUGAUAUGGGAUCCCCCAACAGUUCCGCACAUUUGAACCCCCUUCGUUUUCCGUCUGAUCACCAGAGUCCUUGGCCUGUCUCAAACCCGAAUGCUGGGAUGCUGGCUAGCCAGGCUGGACCCACAUUUGAUAAAUCAUACUAUCCUCCAGAUUAUCUGGCAUCAUCCGGUUCAAACCUAUCUCAGUGGAAUCAUGCACAUGAUCCCAUGCGCUCAAAUGCAUUCGAUACCAGGCUUCAAUAUUAUCCACAUGUGCCCAAUACGCAGAAUACUGCACUUUAUGGCUCCCCUCAAUCUUAUAACUCAAUGCAUGGUUGCUGGUGCGGGCAAGUACCCUGUACUUGCGGUGGUCGUCGCUGAUCGACGAGGCGUCGGAUUUUUUUCACUGGAACAUCAUCAAUAUCAUAAUUUAUAGUACUGUCAAACCCCUCAACAUAGUACGCAUACUUAUAGACACUGUAAUACUAUUCCAAUUAAUCGCCUCACAGGCCAGCCAGUUCGCAAAAACGUC